AUGGGCCGAAAGAAGCGCAGCCCCCCACCAAACCCUACUCCGCCCCCGCCCCCGCCCGCCGGCGCCCUCGUCCUCCGCCUCGCCGAUGCGCCGGCCCCGGCGGGCCCCGCCCCCGCCGCCGUGCGGGCCGAGUGCGACAAGGCCCUCGCCUGCCUGCAGCGGGGGAACCAGCCCAAGGCGCUGCGCCUCAUGAAGGAGGCCCUCGCCCGCCACGGCGAGGGCUCCCCGCUCCUCCUCCGCGCCCACGGCACCGUCCACUCCCGCGCCGCCGCCGUCCUCACCGACCCCGCCGCCCGCGCGCGCCACCACCAGGCCGCCCUCCUCGCCGCGCGCCGCGCCGUCGACCUCGCGCCCGACUCCCUCGAGCUCGCCCACUUCCGCGCCCUGCUCCUCUACGACGCCGCCACCGACAACCGCGCCUACGAGGAGGUCAUCGCCGAGUGCGAGCGCGGGCUCAGGAUCGACGAGCCAUCCGACCCGGAGCCCCACUCGCUCCGGCUCCCCGCCCCCGACCCCGACCAGCUCCGCGCCGAGCUCCGCAACCUCGUCCAGAAGGCCAAUCUCGCAUCCAUUUCCACCUGGGUCAAGACCCUCGGCGGCUCCGAUGACAAGCUCGGCUUCUUCCGCCUGGCCGAUGACCCCCUGGAGCUCCAGCUCCUGCCCGCGGCCCCAGCCCCGCGCCGCCCUAACGAGAUCAAGAAGGCCACCAAGACCGUCGAGGAGCGCCGCAAGGAGAUCGAGGUGCAGGUCGCCGCUCUCAGGCUGCUGGAGCAGCAGCAGCAGCAGCACAAUGCCGCCGCGGCUCUCUCCUCCUCACCACCACAGUCACAGCAGGGAGAUGAGCCCCCCUCCUCAUCAUCUCAGUCCACCGCCUCCGGCCAUCGCGCUGAUCGGAGAAAGGGAGGGUCCAAAAGGGCAACAGUCUCAUCGGCAUCCGACCAAAGGAAUCAGGUGCGUGCGUUCUUGGCCGCUCUCCCUGUUGACCGAAGGCUGGCCUUACUGAAAACUAGCAUUUCUGAGCUCAAGUCGUACUACAAAACUCACAAGGACAAAGAUGUUGCCGAUGCGGCACCUGCGGUGCUUGAUGAGGUGGUAGAGUUUGCCACUUCACACGGGUGUUGGGAGUUCUGGUUAUGUGGCAUCUGUGAGGAGCGCUACCCAGAUGUGGCGCAUUCAUUGCGGGAGCAUGUGAGUGCAAUACCACGUCAAGUGCAGGCUAUGUUGCCACAGGAGAUUGAUGCUGACUGGGCAGCAAUGCUCCUUGGCUCGAGCUGGAGGCCAGUGGAUGUUGCUGCGGCGCUCAAAGCGCUUGAGGAAGAGCAAGGGGACAAUAUCGGCCAAGACAGGGACAAAGAUUCAAUGUCAUCCGAUAAUUGGAGUAUCAAGGACAAGUCGGACACCUCAGAAUCCUCAGCCUCGCCACACAAUGAGGAGUGUGAUGGUUUUGGAGUGGUAAUGAGGGAAGGUGCCCGAAAAUGGCCGCUGUCUGAUGAUGAUGAAAGAGCGAAGAUUUUGGAGAGGAUCCAUUCAUUGUUCCAAACCCUUGUGAAGCAUAAAAACAUUUCAGUGAACCAUCUGAACAGGGUGAUACAAUAUGCCAUGGACGAACUUAGAGGGAUGCCUUCUGCGUCAUUGUUGCUUAACCACUCUAUUGAAGAGUCGCCACUCUGCAUUUGCUUCUUGGAGGCCUCAUCACUGAAGAAGGUUCUCAAGUUCUUGCAAGACCUAAUGCAGUCCUGUGGACUUAGUAGGUCCUCAGAGAAGGAUGGCGAACUAGGUGAUAGAGAUUGUUUCCCCAAAAAUAACACUAUCCUUGAGGGUGUUACGCUGGAUUCUGGUUCAUCAUCACUGAUCCUUGAUGGCCGGGUAUUUGGCGGGAAGUCGAAGUCUGGUCCUGAGAAUGUUGAUACUGAUGAAUUCCUUUCGUGGCUGUAUGCUGGAUCUCCUCCAAUAGGAGAGCAGCUAUCAGAGUGGAACUGUAUGCUUGUUGAUAGGACAAGUCAAGGGAUGCAGAUUCUUGAUAUGAUCGACAAGGAGGCAUCUGUCUUGAGAAACUUGUGUGAAAUGAAGCAUGAACAAUUGAGCAUUGAGGAGGGUGUGCUUGCUGUGAACAAUAUUAUACUUGAGGAGCAACGGCUAAGGGACCGUGGGGGGCGGUAUUCAUAUCAAGGGUUCGAGGAUCUCUUGAGGAACCGUCAGGAGGAGUUGUUGGAGACCAGAUUUCGCAGCUCUGAGUACGAUGCAAUCUCAAACAUCUUGAAGGAAGUUCGCGCCUCACACUUUGGUUAUGAUGAAGGUUUUUCUGGGAUGACCUCGCGCCAAUGUGACUAUGAUGGGGCAGUAAUAGAUGAUUGGAGGUUGCAUGACUUUAUGCACCCAAGCGAUUCAGUGGUGCCGUCGAUUGUUUUGAGGAUGAAGGAACAUGCAACUACGGAGCUUGGCAAGAUAGACGCUAGGAUUAUGCGAAGUGUAGCUCUGAUGCAGCAACUGGAUCUCAAGCUUGAACCUGCUGCUUUAGUUGAUUAUCGAUCAAUUCUUCUCCCCCUCCUGAAAUCCUUCUUGCGAAACCAUUUGGAAGAGCUCGCGGACAAGGAUGCUAGAGAGAGAUCUGAUGCAGCAAGAGACGCCUUUCUAGCUGAACUUGCUUUAGAUGCUGAGAAGAGUGCAAACAAAGGGGUUGAUAAAAAACUUACCCAUGAGAAAUCAAAGGACAAGAAGAGAAUGAAGGAUUCUAGGAGAUCCAAGGAUAUCAAGGAUUUGAGCUGGAGUGAUCAAUACAUUGUUCGCCAGGACAGUGCAGAUGAGGAAACAUCAGAGCAAGCUCAGACUCUUGUUGAUUGUGAUGACUUUGACGGCAAACUUUCACUAAGUGAUGAGUACUCAAAUGAGCAAGAGGAAGAGCUUAGGCAUAGAGUACAACUUGAAGCAGAGGAAAGAAAACUGGAGGAAACAUUGGAGUACCAAAGGCGGAUAGAGGAGGAGGCAAAGCAGAAGCAUCUUGCCGAACAGUCCAGAAGUACUUCGUCAGCUCCUGAUAUUGGGACAAAUGGUUAUUCAACUGAUGUAAAUUCAAGCGUGCAUCAGGAUAACCAUCAAAGUGCACCCAAUAAUGUCUCACCUGCUUAUCUUGAAGGGAUAAAGUUUGGUGAUUUUCGCUUUCCUAAAGUUCCCUCGCGGGAAAAGAAUUCUAGUUCCGAUUUUUGUGGUGUGGACCUGCCACAAAAGACUGAGAACAAUCGCAGGGAGAAACCAAAUGGACUGUGCUCUCCUGGAGCACAUGCAUUAACCAGCAACAAUGUGGACUUCACUAAGCCAGCACUGAAAAUGAACGGAGUUGGGAAAUAUGCUCAGAAUACAAAACUUGCAACUAAUCCUCUCAUCCAAAGGUCUAAGAGCAGCACUAGCCAACCACAUAAGAAAUACAUCCAAGGUGCUGUUCAUAAUGGUGAUGAUAGUGCAUCUAGUCGACAAAAUGGUACAGCAGCUCUAAGAUGGAGCAGUUCUGGCAAAGCAGCUGACUAUUCUAGUAACAGUUAUCAGGAUGGAAGACAAAAUGAGUUGCCACCUGUGCUUUCUUCGGAUGAUCCAUGGAAUGCCAACAAAGCUGAGAAAGCUGACAAGGGGGCAAUCUCACCUGCAAUUGUAUGUAUCGAGGAUGAUUCUGACAAAAGGUUCGAAGAAGACCUCAGAAAAGCAGUGCACCAAAGCCUCGCAGGCACUUCAAAUGGGAAAGAAGUGUAUGGGGCUGGCCUUAAAAAUGCUGCUGGAGAAUACAACUGUUUCCUGAAUGUGAUUAUCCAGUCAUUAUGGCAUUUGAAGCGGUUUCGACACGAGUUCCUUAAAACAUCAUCACUGCAUAAGCAUAUUGAAGAUCCUUGUGCUGUCUGUGCAUUAUAUAAUAUAUUCGUUGACUUGAGCAAAGCAUCUGAGGGGCAAGGAGAAGCUGUUGCACCUACUUCUUUGAGGAUAGCUUUGAGCAAAUCCUAUCCUAACAACAGGUUCUUUCAGGAGGGACAAAUGAAUGAUGCAUCUGAGGUAUUGGGUGUGAUCUUUGAGUGCUUGCAUAAGUCGUACACUUCUCGGGCUGAGUGCCAUGCUAAAUCUCACGAGGGCAAUUCUAUCGGCUCAUGGGACUGUGCAAGCGAUUUUUGCAUUGCACAUUGUCUUUUUGGAAUGGAUGUCUAUGAACGGAUGAACUGCCACAAUUGCGGAUUAGAGUCUAGACGACUUAAGUAUACCUCAUUCUUCCACAAUAUCAAUGCUAGUUCACUUCGAACUGCAAAGAUGAUGUGCCUAGAUCCAUUUGAUGAUCUUUUGAAGACUGUGAUAAUGAAUGAUCAGCUAGCUUGUGAUCCUGACGUUGGCGGUUGCGGAAAACCGAAUCAUAUACACCACAUUCUUUCUAGUUCCCCUCAUGUUUUUACAGUUGUUUUGGGAUGGCAGAACAGCAAAGAGAGUGUUGAUGACAUAGCUGCAACCUUGGCUGGUAUUUCGACUGAGAUAGACAUCAGUGUUUUCUACCGUGGUCUAGAUCGAGGAAGCAAACAUUUUCUUGUGUCAGUGGUUUGUUACUAUGGGCAGCAUUAUCAUUGCUUUGCUUUCGAGGAUGAGCACUGGGUCAUGUAUGAUGACCAGACUGUUAAGGUUAUUGGUAGCUGGGAUGAUGUGGUCAUUAUGUGUGAGAAAGGUCAUUUACAACCUCAAGUGCUCUUCUUUGAAGCUGCAAAUUAAUUUUCUUCAAAGUUCAAGGGUGCUGUGCUGUGCUGUGCUGUGCCGUGGUGUGGUUAACAUGUCUUCCGAGAUAUAGGUUUUCCCGGUGACUGAGAAGGUUAGCGAUAGAAUACAAAAUUCGUUUUGAGCUAUGGGGGAUAAUGGUGGUAAUUUCAGCAGUUGCACUUGCCUGUCGGUUUUGUCGAGCCCUGCCUUAAAUAAAUGGUCGUCCGAGCCUUUACUAAAAGGAGAGAAGUGGUGAUAUAUAUAUUUUCCUUUUGGACUUUGGAUAUAGCCUGACCCCAUAUCCUGUCGAAUGCGAUUUUGCCGUGGAGGACUGUAGCGGGGAUAACUCUACUCGAUCAUGUGCUGCCCCAGAGAAAUUAUUCAUGAGUGCUGCUGAAUUUGCUAGAAGCUUAUCAAUAUAUACGGUUUUUUUGUGCUUACGAUGUGGAGGAAUGUUGUACUGUGUGUGACGAAGGGCGGGGGGUAUCAAAGAAAAUGGAUGCUGUCAUUUUUCUUUUUGUUGCAAAUUCCUGGGAGGGGGUUUCUUAUCAUCUGUAGUGACAAAGUUGUAUUAUCUCAGAAUGUUGUGAAGCCUGUUUUCGCUGGCCAUGACGAACACGUAAAGUUAUUGCUCCUGGA